AUGGCACUGAAAGAAGAGACUGAAGUUAAUGAAAUGGAAAAGAAAGAUCAAUAUAUGAAUCUUCAUGAUUUCAUAACUGGAGAAAAACCUUUUAGUUGCUCACAGGCUGAAAAGACUUCCUCACGAAAAAGAACUCAAAAGGCAAGGACUAGGGGCAACUUUAUCUGCAAACAGUGUGGAAAAAGUUUUAAUAGUAAAAGAAACCUUAAUGUCCACAUGAGAAUUCAUACUGGAGAGAAACCCUACAUGUGCCUUCAGUGUGGAAAGAGUUUCAAUCAGAAAGGAAACUUUAAUACCCACAUGGGAAUUCAUAAGCCUUUUACAUGCUCUCAGUGCGGAAAGAUGUUUGAUCAAUAUGGAAAACUUCGAGGCCACAUGAGAAUUCAUGCUGGAGAGAAAUGCUACAGAUGCCCUCAGUGUGGAAAGAGUUUCAAUCAAUUAUGUCACUUUGAAGACCACAUAAGAAUUCACAGUGGAGUGAAGGCUUUCACCUGCAAACAAUGUGGGAUAGGUUUCAACCAUAAAAGAAACCUAGACAGGCACACAAGAGCUCACACUAGAGAGAAGCUUUAUACAUACCCUCAGUGUGGGACUAUCAUUCAAGACAGGAACCUUAUUGUCCACAAGAGAUGUGGAAAGAGUUUCACUCAAAUAGGACACUUUGAAGACCACAAAAGAAUUCACACUGGAGAGAAGCCUUUCACCUGCAAACAAUGUGGGAAAAGUUUCAACCAAAAAGGAAUCCUCACCCGACACAUGAGAGUUCACACUGGAGAGAAGCUGUUUAAGUGCUGUCACUGUGGAAAGACUUUCAAACAUAAAGAAACACUUGAUUACCAUGAGGAUUCAUGUAUGAAAUAA